CAACAUCCAAUGCCUCCCGUACCCGCUGCUCCGACCCCUCGAAUUGUUAUCUACUAUCAGACACAUCACAACCCCGACGGAUCAUCGUGCUCUAUUCUUCCCAUCUUGACGAAACCAAACAUCGCCGUCACACAUGUCAACGUAGCUGCCAUCCAUUUGAACGAGGGACCUGGGAACAUCACUCUGGUUAGUUACGAAAGCAUACGUAGUACCCAAUAUUUACGCUCGCUAACAGACCGACAACCACAGAAUGAUCAUGCCCCGGACAAUCAGCGCUAUGCCACCCUUUGGGCAGAACUUCGAGCCCUCCAGGCUGCAGACAUCAAAAUCCUAGGAAUGGUAGGUGGUGCAGCCAAGGGUAGUUUCGAGCGACUGGAUGGCGACGAAAACACUUUCGAACUAUACUACCGUCCUCUGCGAGAUCUGGUGCGAAAUAUGGGGCUCGAUGGCUUGGAUCUGGAUGUAGAAGAACCAAUGUCGCUGAGAGGAAUCAUACGGUUAAUUGACCGUCUGAAAUCGGAUUUCGGAGAGAGUUUUAUCAUUACGCUGGCACCUGUUGCGGCGGCCCUCAUGUCCGACAAUCAAAAACACAACCUGAGUGGAUUUAGUUACGAGGCGCUGGAGGUAAUGAGGGGAAAGCAAAUCGGCUGGUACAACACGCAAUUCUAUUGCGGAUGGGGCGACCUGAGCAAAACCGAUGGCUUCGACUUUAUGGUUGCGAGAGGAUACCCCGCCAAUAAAAUCGUCGUAGGCAUGGUCACGAAUCCCGGAAAUGGAAGUGGAUGGGUGCCAUUUGAGGUUCUACAAGAAGUCUUGAUAACCUUGAAAUUAAGAUAUCCGGGAUUUGGCGGGGUCAUGGGCUGGGAGUAUUUCAAUUCUUUACCGGGCGAUUGUCUGAGACCUUGGGAAUGGGCUGCUUUCAUGACCAAACACGUUCGUAGCGGUUUGCCUUCCACAGUCAUGCCUGGACCUUCCGUGUCAAUGGCGAGUACGACUGGCACGCAAAAUCCAUUCCGGCUUCUGGACAAUUCAAAGGCGAAGGAAGACGCUCCUGUACCAAAAGACUUUGAAUAUUACUCAGAUGGACGUCUUGGGGAAUAGGGCAUCUUCGGACGUAAAUCCAACACGAAGCAACCAAUCAGUGUGCCUCUGCUGUGUUUCCAUUCAUCUUUGAUACAGUAUUCUACAAAUGAUGCUCAAUUUCUCACGAAACAUAGCAUAGAGGAAACCGGGGCAUCCCUUCACUCUGUGCCUACCCUCACUACAAGCUUUCUGCCAUCGCUCUUACGCGUUUCAAAAACUUCAAGCCCCUUGAGCACUUCCUCAACACCGAUGGCUCCCACUUGCUCGUAUUUCAUUGGUUCCAAGUUUUUGUACACUGACAGCUGCUCCGAAUUUGGGAUGAAGUUGGCUAUCUCUCGAUUUACGACGUCGGUGGGGCCGCCUGACUUGCAGAUAAGACCAAGAGAUAUCAUGUAUGCUUCAACAUCUCUGUUUGCAUCGAGUGGUGCACUAGAAAUGCAUUAAACCAAGUU